AUGGCCGACGGCAACAGAUCAACAUUGAAAGAAUUCAUCGCAUCUAUCUCAACAAUUAAAGGGGACCUCUCAAAUAUUACCGCACCGCCAUUCUUAUUGGCAUCUCAAUCGACCGUCGAGUUUCCUUCUUACUGGUGCGAAAGACCUGAGCUAUUAUGUGCUCCAGCUUCUGAACCUGAUGCUCAGAAGCGCUGUUUACUUGUGUUGAAAUGGUUUCUGGCAAGUCUGAAGCGUCAGCAGUAUGCAGGUAGGGAUGAGAGUGCGGGUGUCAAGAAGCCAUUGAAUGCUUUCUUGGGUGAAGUGUUCAUGGGAGCUUGGGGUGGUUCGAAUGGGGAAGGCAGAACGUGCUUAGUCUCUGAACAAGUCAGCCAUCAUCCGCCAGUCACCGCUUGCUAUCUUUGGAACGAUGAACAAGGUGUCAGGGCCGAAGGUUACGCGUGCCAAAACAUAACCUUCUCUGGUACUGUCAACAUCAAACAGAUCGGCCACGCAAUCAUCCACCUUGAUAAGUGGAAUGAAGACUACUUGAUCCCUCUGCCUUCGGUAAAAGUCUCCGGACUGAUCACUGGGACACCCUAUCCAGAACUAGUCGGUAGCUACGACAUCGUUUCUUCAUCCGGCUUUGUAGCUUCUGUCGACUUCUCUGGCAAACGUUUCUUGGGUCUGGCUGGCAAGAAGAACGGGCUGCACGCUGCCGUCUACUCUGCCGAUGAUAGCAGUCGCAAACAUCCAAUCUACACUCUAGAUGGCACAUGGAACGAUGUUUUCACCAUUCGGGAUGAGAAGGUCGAUUCUGUGAUUGAAGAGUUCGACACCAAUGCUCAUCCUCCACUUCCGGUCCAAGUCCCAGAUGAGUCUAUGCUUGACCCAUACGAAAGCAGAAGAGCAUGGGGUCCAACGAUAUCUGCGCUGAACUCUGGCAACAUGCAAGCAGUCGUCGACGCAAAAAGUAAGGUUGAGCAAGGUCAGCGCGAGAUGAGAAAGCAAGAGGAGAAAGAAGGCAAGACUUGGACGCCUUUGUUCUUCCAAAAGGUGCAAAGCGAACCACGACUCGACAAGUUGAAGGGCAUGGCCCAUGGAGACGCAGAGAUGGAUGGUACUCAAGGAGUCUGGCGAUGGAUCGGUAAUGAGAAAGCCGAUCAGAUUGACAGGCCUUUCCAUGGGGACCUUGUGCCAUGGUUGACUUAG